AUGAGUCUCAGAUCAACCCGAUCCCAACAAUUACCAUUAGAGGAGGGAUUAGUCUUUUCCGAGCGUUCGCGCACGACUAAUGGACGGCCUGACCUAUACGGUCAAUUGGAUCAAGAAUAUUUUGAUGGAAAACUGUCAGCUGCAGGAUAUACGAUAGCAUGGGGACGGAAGAUGAAAGAGACCUCUGGGUAUACUGACUUGCCCUUACGCAUAGUUCGGAUAAGUUGGGAGAUCCAUAAGCUUCUUCCUCAUGAAGAACUGAUUGGAACAAUACUUCAUGAGAUGAUUUAUGUUAAGCUGUUCUAUCACAGGAACGACGUUGAAAGUUACCGUCACAUCGGCGAAUUUCGGAAAGAGAUGAAACGCAUUAACGAAAUUAGACCCUACCGGGCAUGA